AUGGCAAACACUGAAAAGUUAAGUGGAACUGAUAAUGUUACAUUCAUUCAGACGGACGACUCCUCUGCUGUGAAGUCACAACAUUUAACAAUUCCGAAACAUGAAGGCAAUGUCAAGGAGGCUGAAGGCAGCAAAGAAAAUGUCAAAGUUGAAUUAGAAAACAACGAACAAACAAGAUUUAUCUACGACGUGUAUGAAAGCCCACCCAUCCCAUUAACGUUUGGCUUUGCAAUACAGCAUGGUCUGUUAUCCCUGUCAGCAAGUUUAUCGACGUCUUUACUCGUAGCAGACAUAGUGUGUGCUCGCAAAGACGAGGCGAUAAAAGCAAAACUCUUGAGCACGACUAUGUUUAUGUCAGGCUUAUGUACAUUUUUGCAAAAUACGAUCGGUAUCCGCUUACCACUAUACCAGGGACCUACUGCAACCUUUGUAGUUCCACUUGUCGCCCUAAUGUCACUUCCGGCUUGGAGUUGUCCUGUUGAAAAUGUGGCAUCUGGUGAGAUUUAUUAUCAUAAAUUAUUUUAUCUUGAGGGUAGGGAAGAGGUAGGUGGUGAAAGGGGGAUAUAUAUUUUACAAAGAGUUCUUGCUGAUACGUUAUUUUCAUCAGCAGUUGCAAUGAAUAUUACCACCGGAGAAGACGAAGCUGUUACAACCGUAGUAAAAAUUCAAAAGCUCGUUGGAAGUCUAAUGAUUGCCGGUGCGCUACAAAUGCUCAUUGGUUUUCUGGGCCUUGUUGGUCUACUGCUACGAUUUAUUGGACCAAUAACUGUAAUACCAGCUUUAACACUGAUGGCUCUAUACGUCUUCACAUCUACCGUUAGAUUUGCGAAGACACAAUGGGGAAUUGCAGCAUUAACGGUUGGUGUGACCCUUGUGUUAUCAUUUUAUCUUGGAAAAAAGAAGACACCAAUACCCUGGUAUAGCAAAUCACGUGGCUUCCACGUCAAGUGGUCUUUGUUUCAUAAAAUGUUUUCGAUACUCCUCGCAACUAUGGUGGGCUGGUUCGUAAGUUGGAUCGUUACGACCGCUGGUGGAUAUGAUGAGUCUCCAACAAGUCUAGAUUACUACGCUAGAACAGACUCUCGCACUUACAUUAUUGGUGAAACAAAAUGGCUUAUUUUUCCAUAUCCAGUUACAGGACAAUUUGGUCGCCCUAGGUACGAUACCGGUGCAUUAAUUUCCUUUCUGAUUGCUACACUUGCAUCGAUAAUUGAUUCUAUCGGUGAUUACUACGCAUGCGUGAAAGUUAUCGAAGCUCCGCCUCCACCGAAGCAUGCUGUCAGUCGUGGUAUUGCAGUUGAAGGGUUGCUGAGUUUUAUUGCAGGAGCAGCUGGGGCUGGGCAUGCUACAUCAACAUUUGGAGGCAAUAUUGGUGCAAUAGGAAUAACUAAGGUUGCAAGUCUACGAGUGUUUCAACUGCUUGGUAUAAUUUUCAUGUUUCUUGGAAUAAUUGGAAAGAUUGGAGCUUUUCUUGUCACGAUUCCGUAUCCUGUCAUUGGCGGAUUACAAAUCAUCAGUUUUGGGGUCCUUGCCGGAGUUAUGCUGUCAAACCUCCAAUUCAUUGACCUUAAUUCGAGGCGUAACCUGUCAAUAAUUGGAAUAUCUAUGUUGGUUGCUAUGAUGUUGCAGUACUGGAUUAACAACUCUAAAGAUGCCAUUUUGACGGGUUCAAAAGAUCUUGAUAAUACAAUAACGAUGCUGAUGGCAAACCCGGUGUUUAUGGCGGGUUUAUUGGCUUGUUUCUUUGACAACACAAUGCCAGGGACCAGAGAAGAACGUGGUAUCGUCGCAUGGCAAGACGAGUUUAAGGCAGGAGUUGACGAAUCCGAGACACCAAAAUGUGUCAGUGAGGACAAAAGGGCUAAGAAACUGGCGAAAACAAUUUACGUCAUUCCGUACUUCGACAAAAUUCUUAAACGGUUCCGAGGCGUUGGGUUUCUACCCGUUUGUCCGAAAUACGAUCCUAAAUUUGAAGACUAGGCAAUUGUGUAGUCUCUAUAAAAGGACAUUUAGAUCAAAUCCUCAAUCACACUCCUAUUUAGAGGUGCCAUUGCUUUUGUCAUUUUAUUAAAC